AUGCUUUGGCCAUUUCUUUCGGUGUUCAGGCAGAGAGAAGUGAAACUCUCCCUGAAGCGCACUAGGCACAGUGUCUGUCAAGCGCUGCACGAUGACUACCAGUGUGUGCGCGAAGUGGCUCUAAAUUUGAUUAAGGUUGCAGCUAUGAUGGUGACCAAGCGCCUGGUCCCCAUACAUGAUAGCGACCAUCACGUCAGGCUAGUCGACCAUGCUUUCUCUCAGAUCUGCAACAUGGUGAAUGACAUCAGCGUGCGAGUGCGGACCAAGGCUGCCUCCCUCCUUGGCAAUAUGACCAGCGUAUCUGAGAGGUUUCUUGCUCAGACACUUGACAAAAAGCUUAUGUCAAAUAUGAGGAACAGACCAUAUUGCACAUACAUGAAUUAUGAUUUUUUUUUUCCCACUUCCAGAGGAAACGAUCAUGCUCAUGAACGGGCACGGGCCAUGGUGGCUUCCGCGAGAAUGGUAUAUGUGGAAGCGCUGGGGCAGAUGAUGCCCCAAAGAGCAAAGUCGAGGCAGACCAGUCGACAGUCAAUACCGGUGCCUGUGGUGCUUUCGUUCAACGGUUGGAACGAUGAUUUUUUAGGUCUGCAGUCAGCAGAUAGCCCUGUUCACAUCACACUACGUGUCGGGACCAGCUACGGCGAGAUCUGCCUCGCGCUAAAGGGACCUCUUCCCUUGAUAUCCGAAGAGCUUCUUCCACAGGACCGCCGCAGCAUCCACCGCUGUCUACGUAGAUUGGGUUCUAACCACCCCAUCCUCGUGGAGGCAUUGGUUCCACAAUUGUUAUUAAUUCAUCCUUAUUUUGAUGGAGUUGAACCCAGUGUGCAGGAUGGGGAGUAUAUUUGUAAGCUGAUUUUAGUCCUGAAUGCUGCUGUCCACUGCCCUACCAUAGUGCCUCUCUUGGAGCAACACACAUUACGUCAUUACGCCUACCUCAGAGACACUAUGCCACAGCUCGUUCCUGUGUUGAAGCUUGGUGAAGACUGGCAGCCAACAGGUGAAGCUGUAGCCACUAAUACACUGCGAUUCCUCCGUGAGUCUAUGGAGAAGGUGGCCAAUUUGGAGCGGUCGUCAACCCAGAUGCGCCUCACCAUUUAUCAGAUUGUCCACUCUGACUUGGUCAAGCUAGCUGACAUCGACCCUGAGCUAUCUCCAGCAGCCCAUUUUGCUGCUCUCUAUACUCAGUGCAUGUGGCUCUUCAAUAAGAUUCUCUCUACCAGAAACUGGCUCACACCAUCAUCACUGUCAGUGCAGCAGAGUGGUGCCUUGAAGAGCAAUGUUGACCAGCUCUUGAGGAACACCUUCCGCUUACGUCACGCUUUCACCAAUCUGAGUCCUCAAGCAGAGGCAAGCAUCAGAAACCUCCGGGUGCGCACACUGGCACUACAGCUUGUGUAUGUUGUACAUGGCUCCACAGGGUCAGCUCUAGGCCUGUGCGACAACUUCCUUGAACACACAGAAGCCUUACACAGAUACCUCACAGACGAGAAGUUAAGCGGUGACUCGUUCCUAGAAACUGUGUUCGAGGAGCUCAGCCAGCUGGAGGAACCAAGGCCAGGAGCUGUAGCAAGGAUCUUGCAGCCGCUGCUUAUUUCUCAUCCUGUUCCUGCUCUAUCCCCUAUUACAAAUCCCAGGGAGAUCCGGAUGUGUUCCGCAGAGAUCCUUGAGCCUCAGCCAGACAGUGAGGUCAUCUACAAACUUAGUGCAGGACUCGUUGUAGGGGUGCCUCUGGAUGCCGAAGUAUCCCACAUCCCAAACCCAUCAACCUUGCGCAUCCGUGUAGCUUAUCCAGAUCAUUCCACCCAUCUUGUUGUGCCACCAAAGAGUCACCUGCGAAAAGUUGGUCCAGGGACAUACCGUCUCUUGACCACAGUGUUGGUGUCAGCACAAGUGUCAUGGUCGGAAGCUUGCCAAGUGGGACUGUCCUUGGUGUUGGACCUGAGUGACCAGGAAGUCUUGGCAGCCAGAAGACACUCUGUUGCCAAAGCAGAUGACUCUGCUACUACUAUACAACUUGUUAAGCCUGUCAAAGUGCUUGUUUGGCCCAAGGUGAUUAGAAAAGGUGUGUAAGCAUCUGUUAAUAUAUAGAAAUUGGAAUGAAAAUCCUGUUUUUGUAUAAACAAAUGCACUGAUAGGGUGGAGUAUAUGUUUAAUGUACCUGAUUCAUUCAAAUACAUCUACAUUUUGUAGUUACAAAUUUUCAGUGACUGCCAAAACCAUGUUACUGUGCAUUUUAUGGUCACUUCACAGCACAGACAUCAUUCUAAAAGAGGAAAUUACUCCUUUGAUUGUAGUGUCUCAUACUCAAAAUAAGGUCAUAGUUUUUAAGGCAAAUUUCAUACAUUUUAGACAGUGAAUACCUGUUGUUUACAAGGAUCUUUAUUUGAUAUUGUAUCAUAAGAUGUAGGUUAUUUUCCAAAAAUCUCAUACUUGGCUAAGAAUGAGUGCUUUUGUAUGUUUACACUGUGAGUGCACAAAUGUUAUCAUCUGUAUGAAUGGCUCUUCAAAGUACCAGGGUAAUAUACAUCAUGUGAAAUUAUUAAAGAAAAAAAAAUUA